AUGCAAGGUGGAAAGCCAGAUCUCAAACAAGUGCCGUCGUUGAAGUUUUAUUCUCCGCACACCAACGACGCCCUUCACUACGCCGACGGCGACACCGACGACACCCCUGACGUCGCAUUGGAGCUCUCUGCUGUAGUUGACGUUAUCAAGCCGACGAAGCCCGACAAAGCCCUUUCUAAAACAGCUCUUUGA